AUGUUUAGACAAUUGCUACGUACUGCUACUCCUUUAGCUCACAGACAAGCUGCUAUUGCAACUAAAAGAACAUCCAUUGUUCCUCAAAGUUUAAUGCGUUAUUAUUCUGCUAGUGGUUUGACCAAAGAUGAUGUUACAACUAGAAUUGUCGAUGUUAUUAAGGCCUAUGACAAGUCUUUGGCUGCUAAGCCAAUUUCUUUAGAAUCAACAUAUAAUAAGGAUUUGGGUUUAGAUUCUUUGGAUACUGUUGAACUAAUUGUUGCUAUCGAGGAGGAAUUCGAAAUCGAGAUCCCUGACAAAGUUGCAGAUGAGUUGAAGAACGUCGGUGAAACUGUGGAUUACAUUGUUUCAAACCCAGAUGCUAAUUGA